CAAGAUGGCGGUGUCCAGAUGCGCAAGCCGCACGUGAGGAAGACCGGGUCGCUGGCUAGCUGAGAGCACCACGUGUGAGCUCCGUUCUCAUCCCUCUGAUUCUUCCGGAGGCCGCUGCGGGCCUUGCCCCUCUGCAACCAUGAAGAUAAAGCCUGUGUCUCAUAAGACGGAGAACACCUACCGGUUUCUUACAUUUGCCGAGCGCCUGGGCAAUGUGAAUAUUGAUAUUAUUCACCGAAUCGAUAGAACUGCAAGCUAUGAUGAGGAAGUUGAAACUUACUUCUUUGAGGGUCUGCUGAAAUGGAGAGAGCUGAACCUUACAGAACACUUUGGAAAAUUUUAUAAGGAAGUUAUUGACAAAUGCCAGUCAUUUAACCAGCUGGUCUACCAUCAAAAUGAGAUCGUUCAGAGUCUGAAAACUCAUCUUCAAGUUAAGAACAGUUUUGCCUACCAACCCCUUUUGGACUUGGUAGUUCAGCUGGCGCGAGACCUGCAGACAGACUUCUACCCCCACUUUCCAGACUUCUUCCUGACCGUCACCUCCAUCCUGGAGACGCAGGACACAGAGCUGCUGGAGUGGGCUUUCACCGCACUGUCGUACCUGUACAAGUACCUGUGGAGGCUCAUGGUGAAGGACAUGGCCCGGAUCUACAGCAUGUACAGUACACUCUUGGCUCAUAGAAAACUACACAUAAGAAACUUCGCUGCUGAAAGCUUUACUUUUUUGAUGAGAAAGGUCUCUGAUAAAAAUGCCCUUUUCAAUUUAAUGUUUCUUGAUCUUAAUGAACAUCCAGAAAAAGUGGAAGGGGUUGGACAAUUACUCUUUGAAAUGUGCAAAGGUGUUAGAAAUAUGUUUCACUCCUGUGCUGGCCAGGCAGUGAAGCUAAUUUUGCAGAAGCUAGGACCAGUUACUGAAACACAGACUCAACUUCCGUGGAUUUUAGUAGGAGAAACACUGAAGCACAUGGCCAGAUCCACCGUUCUCUGUAUCAACAAGGAACAUUUUGGUACAUUUUUUGACUGCUUGCAGGAGUCACUCCUGGAUCUACAUGACAAGGUAAUGGAAGGGAACUCCUGUGAAAGUUCUGAGCAGAUUCAGAGGUUGUUGGAAACGUACCUGAUACUCGUGAAGCAUGGAAAUGGAUCCAAGGUAGCCAACCCUGCUGCUGUUUGCAAGGUGUUGUCUCAAACAGUGACCAUAGCCAGUCUGUCCACGUCUUGCCUGAAGAUGCUCUUGGAUGUUAUUUCUGCUUUGAUCCUGGGUGGAAACGUUUCUUUGCCGGACACCCUCAUUAAAGCAACCAUAGAAAAGAUUUUUGAGAGCGGAUUGGAAAGACGUUUAAUUUUUGAUUUUUCUGAAGUCAUGUUUGCAAUGAAGCAGUUUGAGCAGCUGUUUCUACCCAGCUUUCUCGCGUACAUCGAAGAUUGCUUCUUGACUGAUGACUCUGUGGUCCACGAUGCAGCCCUGGCUGUCUUGGCCAAGCUCAUUCUGCACAAAGCAGCGCCUCCCGCUGCUGGCUCCAUGGCGAUUGAAAAGUACCCUCUGCUCUUCUGCCCGAGGACUGAUCGGUCCCACUUAAGGCAGAGGAAGACUAGAUCCCAGGAAGGAGAGCAGCGGUGUCCAGUAUUGGACCAUCUCUUGUCUAGAAUACAGUCACCCCCAAAUAAAGACACGACUUCCCUCUCGCAGUUGUGGGCGGCGCUUGUAGUGUUACCGCACGUCAGGCCCCUGGAAAAGGAGCAGGUGCUUCCGCUGGUGUCAGGCUGCGCAGAGGCGCUCUUCAGGACCGUGGACAGCGGGAGCUUCGGGCGAGGAAACUUAUUUGUUCUCUGUCAAGCCAUAAGCACGCUGCUAACUUUGGAAGACUCUUCGGCGCUUCUUCAUCUGGUUCCCGUGGAGCGAGUGAAGAGCUUAGUGCUGGCCUUCCCAGCAGAGCCAUCCGUGUUGCUGUUGGCCGAUCUCUACUACCAGAGGUUAUCCUUCUGUGGCUGCAGAGUGCCGCUCUCUGAGGAAGCGCUGAUGGAGAUGUUCCCCAGGUUACAGGCCAACAUCUCAACUGGCGUAUCCAAGAUUCGACUUUUGACAAUAAGAAUCCUGAACCAUUUUGUUAUCCGGCUUCCAGAAUUGAUGGAGGAUGAUGCGCUCUCGGAGCGGCCGUCUGCCUUCGCUGUCCUGCGCCAGGCGGAGCUCGUCCCGGCCACUGUGAGUGACUACAGGGAGAAGCUGCUUCACUUGAGGAAACUGAGGCACGACGUGGCGCACACUGCAAUCCCUGAGGGGCCGCUGCAAGAGGUGCCGCUCCGGUACCUGCUGGGCAUGCUGUACGUCAACUUCAGCGCACUCUGGGAGCCCGUGAUUGAGCUCAUAAGUUCUCAUGCUCAUGAAAUGGAAAAUAAGCAAUUUUGGAAAGUCUACUAUGAACAUCUAGAGAAAGCAGCUACCCAUGCCGAAAAAGAACUGCAGAGGGCCACAGAUGAGGAGGAACCAGUUGGAGACACAAGUUGGGAGCUGGACCAGGAAGGAGACGUCGGCACUUUGUAUCAGGAGCAGUUAGCAGUGAAGACUGACUGUCGGGAAAGGCUAGACCAUACCAACUUCCGGUUUUUGCUCUGGCGGGCGCUGGCAAAAUUCCCAGAGAGAGUAGAGCCUCGGUCCAGGGAGCUUUCCCCACUUUUCCUGAGGUUUAUCAACAAUGAGUAUUACCCAGCAGAUCUACAGGUGGCCCCAACCCAGGAUCUGCGGAAGAAGGGAAGCGGGGUAGUCACAGAGGAGGCAGAAGAGGAGCCCACUGCUGGAGAUGAGGAGGGUUUGGAGGAAGAGGCAGACCCCCCAGUGGAGCCCCCCCAAAAGAAAAAGACUCGGAGAGCGGCAGCAAAGCAGUUAAUUGCUCAUCUGCAAGUUUUCUCUAAAUUUUCAAAUCCACGGGCUUUAUAUCUAGAAUCUAAAUUAUAUGAGUUGUAUCUUCAGCUAUUGCUACACCAAGAUCAAACAGUGCAGAAGAUUACCUUGGAUUGCAUAAUGACAUACAAGCAUCCUCACAUCCUUCCUUACAGGGAAAACCUUCAAAGGUUACUCGAUGACAAAACCUUUAAGGAAGAGAUAGUGCAUUUCAGCAUUUCAGAAGAUAACACUGUCGUGAAACCCGCCCACCGAGCAGAACUGCUUCCUAUUCUGAUGAGAAUUCUGUACGGGCGAAUGAAGAACAAGACUGGGAGUAAAACCCAGGGCAAGUCCGCCUCGGGCACCCGCACGGCCCUGGUCCUGCGCUUCCUCGCGGGGUCUGAGCCUCAGGAGGUCGAGAUCUUCCUAGACCUGCUGUCGGAGCCUGUGAAGCACCUCAAGAAUGGAGAGUGUAAUGCCGCCGUCCUACGAGCCAUCGAAGACCUGGAUCUGUCCCGAGUCCUCCCGUUGGGCCGUCAACACGGUGUCUUGAACAGCCUGGAGAUCGUGCUGAGGAACAUCAGCCACCUCAUCAGCACCUACUUACCAAAGAUCCUGCAGAUCCUGCUGUGCAUGACGGCCACCGCCUCACAUGCCCUCAACCAGCGGGAAAAGAUACAGCUGCGGUUUAUUAAUCCGCUGAAAAAUAUACGACGUCUUGGAAUCAAAAUGGUCACCGAUAUCUUUCUGGACUGGGAGUCCUACCCGUUCAGAACAGAAGAAAUUGAUGCUGUGUUUCAUGGUGCAGUUUGGCCCCAGAUCUGCCGGCUUGGAUCUGAAACUCAGUACUCACCCACUCCUCUGCUGAAGCUCAUUAGUGUCUGGAGCAGAAAUUCAAGGUAUUUCCCUUUUCUGGCUAAACAGAAGCCAGGGCACCCAGAGUGUGACGUCCUGGCCAACGUCUUCGCUGUUCUCUCAGCAAAGAAUCUUUCCGAGGCCACAGCCAGCAUUGUGCUGGACAUGGUUGACGACCUCCUGAGCCUUCCAGAUUUUGAGCCCACAGACACAGUGCCAAGCCUGCCGGUGACUGGCUGGGCAUCUGCCAGCCCUCCAGGCGACACGGCUGAGUCUGUCACUGUGGGAGGAAAACUGAUUCUACCUCACGUGCCUGUAAUUCUCCAGUAUCUCAGCAAAACCACAAUCAGCACAGAGAAGGUGAAAAAGAAAAAGAACAGGGUGCAAGUCAGCAAAGAACUUGGCAUUCUGUCAAAGAUCAGCGCGUUCUUGGAAGACAGAGAGCAGAGCUCCCUGCUCAUCACCCUGCUGCUUCCCUUCCUGCACCGCGGCAACAUCCCUCAGGACACAGAGAUGGAUAUCCUGGUGACAGUGCAAAACCUGCUGCAGCACUGUCUGGACCCCACCAGCUUCCUCAGGCCUCUGGCCAAACUCUUUUCAGUCAUUAAGAACAAGUUGUCAAGACAACUGCUGUGUACCGUUUUCCAGGGUCUUUCUGAUUUUGAAAGUGGACUAAAAUAUAUCACUGAUGUUGCCAAGCUGAACGCCUUUGAUAAGAGACAUCUUGACGAUAUCAACUUCGACGUGCGCUUCGCCGAGUUCCAGACAAUCAUGUCGUACGUUAGAGAGAUGCGGAGCGUGGACGUCAGCUACCUGACUGCAGUGGUGCAUAACUGCCUCUAUAACAUGGAGCUAGGGGACAUGUCCUUAAGUGACAAUGCCAGCAUGUGCCUGAUGAGUAUCAUCCGGAAGCUAGCGGCCUUGAGCGUCACCGAGAAAGACUAUCGGGAAAUCAUCCAUCGCUCCCUCCUGGAGAGGCUGCGGAAGGGCUUGAAGAGCCCCGCGGAGAGUAUUCAACAGGAUUAUACCACCAUACUUUCGUGUUUAAUUCAAACCUUCCCAGAUCAACUAGAGUUCAAAGACCUGGUGCAGCUCACACACCAGCAGGACCCGGAAAUGGACUUCUUUGAGAACAUGAAGCACAUUCAGAUCCAUAGACGAGCAAGAGCCUUGAAAAAGCUGGCAAAGCAGCUGACGGAGGGCACAGUGGCGCUGUCCUCCAAGUCCUUGCAGAACUACAUCAUGCCCUACGCCAUGGCCCCAGUUCUGAAUGAGAAAAUGCUCAAGCACGAAAACAUAACCGCUGCCGCCGUGGAAGCUGUCGGAGCUGUAUGCAGACAUCUCUCCUGGCCGGCAUACGUCUACUACUUGAAGCACUUCAUCCAUGUCCUACAGGCAGGACAGACCCACCAAAAGCUAGGUGUCAAUUUGCUGGUGACCGUGUUGGAAGCGUUCCACUUUGACCACAAGACUCUUGAGGAGCAAAUGCAAAAAAUUCAGAAUGAAGAAAACACAGUAGAAAUAACGGAGUUCCCGGAGGAGGAGGCCAUGGAAGUUGAAUCCCUGAGUGAGGAAGAGCAGAAACACACAAAAGAGACACCAGAUGCCACCGGGGUUCCAGGAAGUCCAGACCCAGCCAGUCCUGCCGGGACAGCAGCUGAGGAGCCCAAGAGGACCCCCCAGGGUGUCUCCUUCCUUCCUCGGAAUAAGGAAGAGCUGGAGAGAACAAUGAGAGCCAUCCAUGGCACCGUUACCCAGGACAUCCUCCCCCGGCUGCACAAAUGCCUGGCUGCUACGACUAAACGGGAAGAAGAGCACAAGCUCAUCAAGUCCAAGGUCGUGAACGACGAGGAAGUGGCCCGCGUGCCCUUAGCCUUUGCCAUGGUUAAGCUCAUGCGGUCCCUUCCACAGGAGGUGAUGGAGGCCCACCUGCCAAGUAUCUUGCUGAAAGUGUGUGCCCUCCUGAAGAACAGAGCACAGGAGAUCAGAGACGUGGCACGGAGCACCCUCGCCAAGAUUCUGGAGGACUUGGGCGUGCGCUUCCUGCAGUACAUCCUGAAAGAACUCCAGACCACCCUGGUGCGCGGCUAUCAGGUGCACGUGCUGACCUUCACCGUCCACCUGCUGCUACAGAGCCUGGCUGGCCACCUGCAGGCUGGGGACCUGGACGCCUGCUUGGACAUCCUGGUUGAGAUCUUCAACCGGGAACUAUUUGGGGCCGUCGCUGAGGAGAAGGAAGUGAAACAGAUCCUCUCCAAGGUCAUGGAGGCGCGGAGAAGCAAGAGCUACGAGUCCUAUGAGAUCCUGGGCAAGUUCGUAGGGAAGGAUCAAGUGACAAAACUCAUCCUCCCGCUGAAGGAGGUCCUGCAGAGCACCACGAGCCUGAAGCUGGCCCGCAAGGUUCACGAGACCCUGCGGCGCAUCGCAGCGGGGCUGAUCGUCAACCCAGCCAUGGCCGCGGAGCCGCUGCUGCUGCUCAGCUACGGCCUGGUCAGCGAAAACCUUCCACUGCUCACAGAGAAGGAGAAGAACGCAGCCACCCCUGUGCCUGACCCUCGGCUGCCCCCUGAGAGCUGCCUUCUGCUGCCCCCAGCACCUGUCCGAGGUGGGCCAAAAGCUGCAGUGGCCAGGAAGACCAAUAUGCACAUCCUCAUCGAGUCUGGGCUGCGGCUGCUGCACCUGAGUCUGAAAACAGCCAAGAUCCGGUCCUCAAGUGAGCGUGACCUGGAGAUGCUGGACCCUUUUGUGUCCCUCCUCAUCAGCUGCCUGGACUCCCGGGAUGUGAAGGUGAGCACCGGUGCUCUGCAGUGCCUCAUCUGGGUCUUGCGGUUCCCUCUGCCAUCCAUAGAUGCCAGAGCAGGGCAGCUGGCGAAGCACCUCUUCCUUCUGCUGAAGAACUACGCCAGGCUGGGGGCUGCCCGGGGCCCCAACUUCCACCUGGUAGUGAACUGCUUCAAGUGCGUGACUGUCCUGGUGAAGAAAGUCAAGUCGCACCAGGUCACCGAGAAGCAGCUGCAGGUUCUGUUGGCGUACGCCGAGGAGGACAUCUAUGACACUUCCAGACAAGCCACAGCCUUCGGCCUCCUGAAGGCUAUUUUAUCAAGAAAGUUGCUGGUCCCGGAAAUCGACGAUGUCAUGCGGAAGGUGUCCACACUGGCCAUUUCUGCGCAGAGUGAGCCCGCCAGGGUGCAGUGCCGCCAGGUCUUCUUGAGGUAUAUCCUGGACUAUCCGCUGGGAGAGAGACUGAGACCCAACCUGGAAUUCCUGCUCGCCCAGCUGAAUUACGAGCACGAGACAGGGCGUGAGUCUGCGCUGGAGAUGAUUGCAUACCUCUUUGACGCCUUCCCUCAGGGCCUGCUGCAUGAGAACUGUGGCCUGUUCUUCAUCCCCCUCUGCCUGGCUACCGUGAAUGACGCUUCGGCCACCUGCAAGAAGAUGGCAGCCCUGGCGAUCAAGGCCUUACUGGGCAAGCUCAGCCCUGAGAAGAGGGACUGGCUCUUCAGCCUGGUCACCUCCUGGUUCGGAGCGAAGAAGAGGCUGAACAGGCAGCUCGCCGCCCUCACCUGUGGUUUGUUUGUGGAGAGUGAAGGAGCUGAUUUUGAGAAAAGGCUUGGAGCUGUUCUACCCAUCAUUGAAAAGGAAAUUGACCCUGAAAACUUCCAAGAUAUCGUGGAGGAGACCUUGGAGAAAGCAGCUGACCGCCUGCUCUUCCACUUCCUCACGCUGCUGAGUAAGCUCAUCAAGGAGUGCAACGCCAUCCAGCUCUCCAAGCCCGCUGAGACGCUGUGCAGGAUCUGGAGCCACGUGCAUGCACACCUGCGACACCCGCAUAGCUGGGUGUGGCUCACGGCCGCCCAGAUCUUCGGCUUGCUCUUUGCCUCCUGCUCGCCUGAGGAGCUGGUUGCACAUUGGAAAGCAGAGAGGACGUCGAGGAGACCCCCAUGCCCUGCGGCAAUCCACUUCCUCACAAGAGACCUUGACCUCAAGGUGAGGAGCCUUGCUCUGGCCUCGUGCCACCAACUGCACUCCAAGUUCCUGGAGCCAACCCUGGGCGAGCAGGUUGUUAAGAAUCUGCUGUUCAUAGCCAAAGUCCUGUACUUGCUAGAAGCAGAUUCCGAGCCUGGGCACGUUGAGGUGCCAGGAGGCAACAGAGGCAGCACAGCUGAGGGCAACAGCAGAGACUCGGAGGAGGGUGCCAGGCCCGGUGGCCGCACCUCGCUGCUCUGGCUGCUCCUGAAGCUGGUGCGCAUGGCCAAGCUGGAAGCCGCCUACUCACCCCGUAGCCCCGUAAAGAGGACGUGCAUCUUUAAGUUCCUCGGCGCCUUGGCGCUGGACCUCAGCGUGGACAAGGUCAAGCCCUAUCUGCCCGUGAUCCUGGCUCCACUGUUCCGGGAGCUGAACAGCACCUACUCGGAGCAAGACCCCGCACUAAAGAACCUGUCACAGGAAAUCAUUGAGCUGCUCAAAAGGCUGGUCGGCCUCGAGAGCUUCUCCCUGGCCUUCGCCUCUGUGCAGAAGCAGGCGAGCGCCAAGCGGGCACUGCGCAAGCGGAAGAAGGCACUGGAGUUUGUGACUAACCCAGAUAUUGCUGCCAAGAAAAAGCUGAAGAAACAUAAAAGUAAAAGUGAAGCAAAGAAGCGAAAGAUCGAGUUCCUACGACCAGGCUACAAGGUCAAGCGACAGAGAGGCCGAAGCCUGCGAGACCUGGCCAUUGUGGAGUAGCAGCCGCCAGUGGGAUGGGCCAGACAGGGCAAGGCUGCUGCUCUGCUAGGCUCAUGUCACACAGCUUUGUCAUUGAAGCUGGACCUUGGUGGGGACUGUAUAAUGUGUAUAAUCUAACAUCAUCAUGUUCUUUUUUAAAAAUUAAAAUGUUUAAUGCCACUA